CGACGACGACGAUGAAGUGAUUGAAAGCAGAUGAUGCGAUGAAUUAUUGCACCAAAAGAAAAAUGGUAACAAAGUUGAAUCGAAAAGCAGUAACAUUAAUAGAAGAAUGAACGUACUCGGCGUGUGUUUAUAAAGGGUGUUUUGUAGGGUACCACUUGAAAGAGAACGGAGCGAAAGUGAAGGUUGCAGGAGCGAACUGGGAUUUUCAUUUCGGAAACAAACACACCCUUCGUCUUAAUGACUCCGAAGAAGCUAUAUGACGUUGCACAAGCCCCCAUAUCUGAGUGCACUGCUUCUCAUAGCAGAAACAUGUAAAUAAAUGGAGUGUUGGGAUAUGUGUUUGAAUCUCAAUUACAACAGGAACCUUUGGGGUUACAUUUGUGACUCCGACAUCGAUUGUGAACUCGGAUGUAAGAUGGUCUGCAAUUUCAAACUUGAUUCCAAAAGUAAUCGAAAGCGAACGGGGCGAUUCUUGGACCUACCUAACGUGAAGGAUUACGGUAGAAAUGUACUCAUCAAAUGGAAAAAACCAAAGAAAAUUAGUGGACAAGCACCGGAUACUUUUGGUCACUUAGUUUAUAUUUUACUUAGUCGGAAACGACAUCAACAGAGUGGAUGGAAAACAUUUCAGCAGACUGCAAGUUUAACAACUUCGAUUGAUUCUGAAAGACUCCCCUCCGUUCCCAUAUAUGGACUACUUGCUGUCAACGCGGAUGGUGUUGUUGCCGAGGUGAGGUUCCCAUCCAAGUACCAGCCACGGGUCGGUGAAUUGGUGAUGGGACCAGUCCAACAGGGAUAUUCCCCUGAUUUUGCAAACAUACAAGUGAAACACAAAAUCAUACAACACGACCAAGUUUUAACCAUUCAGCUGCAACUUUAUAUUUCAAACACAUCGACCAGCAAAGCGUCCGAAUACUGUGUCCACUGGUUCCUUAAUAGCUGUGAUGCCUAUCCAGACCUUGAGUUAUGUGAUAUUCCACCGGAUCACUAUGGACCAAAACCGUUCCUGACCAAUGCGAAAACGCCGGAACUUAAUUUGACCAAUAUCAAGUAUAACUCCCAUUAUACCAUCCGAGUUGAGUGGAAUGCGAAACCGGCCAGAGACAUUGACAUUACCACACCAAAAUGCCUGACACCUGACGAGACCAUUACGUACUGCGAGCAUCGAAUCUUGCCACUGCCACCAAUAGGUGAGAUCCAGUGGUUUCUGAACAAUGCUUCGCUAACUUAUAACAUUAGCAUAGAAAAAGUAAUGGCGAACAUCUCCUGGGUAGCACCGUUUAAUAAGCUUAAUGUGAAAUACAGCGUUUCUUGGCAGGGACCUGAAGUGAGUGAGACAAUCGAUCGGAUUGUUGUAGGCAAACUUGUUACCUCACUAAAUUAUGUCGUUCUAAAACUGGAUAUUGGCCUCGUCUAUAAAAUACGGGUAAAAGCCAUCUGUUGCACAGAUCAAAGCAGCAAUGAAACACUGGACAGUGAAUUUAUGUAUCUCAACCUUACACGAGGUACCUACGCAUCCGAAGAAGAAUUGAAUGGGGUUAAAUCACCGGAUGAUAGCAUAGAAAGAUGACUUUCAUUUGUAGACUUAGGGAUAAGCAGACAGUUGAUCGAAAGCAAUUUAUCGAAAGCAGUUGACCAGCAUAACAAUAGACGGAAGUAACAGUUGCUCGAAUCAACAAUUAACAGAAUUAUAGAAAAUAUUAAAAUGUUUUAAUAAAGCUAUAUUGUCUCUCGUUUCAUUAAAAUAAUUUCUUUCUUUUGGAAUAUAUAACCAGUUGAAGUUUACAUGUGUGCGUGUGUCUGUCUGUCAUAUGUUUACAGUCUAAAAACCAAUGUUGUUGACUUGUAGGCAUGAACAUCACACACACACAAGUACGUACACUCACACACGUAUGUCUGUGUGUAUGCAGUUGGCAAUAACGUAAGAUGAUAUGUUG